AUGACUGGAGAACCUGCAUGGUACCAGAGCAACAAGUUUGGGGUGCGCUUGGGAAACGUGCUGGAGGUGGUGACCAAACCAGAGGGAUAUUUGGGCUUCCUCGAGACCACACUUGUACCUUUCGACCCGAAGCUCAUUGACAAGAGCAUGCUCACGGAUUACGAGGUACUCUGGCUAAACGCAUACAACGAGCGGAUAAGAAAGAUUGUGGGCCCAGAACUGAACGCGCAGGGAAUGCUCGAUGUUUACUACUGGAUGACCAACAAGACUAUACCCUUUGAAACGCAAGCCUCUAAAACCAUGAAGAGUACUAAUUCCGCUGUCAGUCUAGCGGAAAACUUACUUGGAAUUGUUCUGGUGAUUAUGAACGCUUUGGUUUAGUUUUCUAUUCAAAAUUGUAAUCAGUUACUCUCUAUAAGCGUAGAAUAGAAAUCUGCAGUGAUAAUGUGUAUGGCGUUUAGUCUAUCUCAUAGCAGGAUAUGGUAAACCGUGUUUUGAAUACCUGCCAACUUUGGUUAUCACAGUUUUAAUACUAAACAUAUUAGAAACAGCUAAGAGGUGGCGAAACCGUGUUGCGUAUACAACCUUGGAUGGAGCUGAAUUCGCAGC